CGUAAAAUAAAUUAUGAAAAUUGGAAAGAUAUAAGUAAUAAGAGGCUGAGAAAUAGUGGAGAAGCAUAUUCAGGAAGAAAUGGAAAAGUUGUACAUAAAAAAAAUGCUCCAGAAACGAGUUUCAACUGCGCUUGUUAUCUACAGUGCUCAAGCUUCAAAUUGGAGACUAUUCAGAAGCAUUUCUCUCAAUUUUAUCAAAUGGACUAUGACAAGCAAACAAAUUUUUUACGCUCUUUAAUCGAAUUGAAAGAACCGCAAAGAAGAAGAGUUUCAGAGAGCACAUCACGUCGAAAUCUAACUGUGAACUAUUUUCUACCACAGCACAAUGAGAGAAAAGUGAGAGUGUGCAAACAAAUGAUUUGUCAUACCUUUCAAGUGACCCAACGAAGACUACAAAUUUUAGUUGAAAAACUGAAGGCGGGAGAUAGUUUGAGUGAUCAGCGCGGACGGCAUGAUAAUCGGCCGAAUAAAACCGUUAAUGCUGAAAAGAAAAGUGUCAUGGAACACAUAGAAAGCUUUCCUUGUCAAGAAAGUCACUACAGUCGUUCUAGUUCAAAAAAAUUGCCUCCAUCCAGAUUUAACUAUUACAAAAAUGUUUAAAUUAUUCAAGGAAAAAUAUCCAGAUAGCACUAUAAGUUAUAAUACAUACAGAGAUAUAUUUAACGCAGAAUUCAGUUUGCGAUUUGGAUUACCAAGGUCCGACACUUGUAAGCUCUGCGAUAAGUAUUAUAUAGAAACGAUUGCCGCUGAAGACCAGAAUAAAAUAAGAUGCAUAGAGAAACUGGCAGAGGCACAUCACAAAAAGGCUGAAAAAGCAUAUUCUAAGCUGAGUGAUGACACAAAGUCAGCUUUAGGCAGUUCCCAUAUUGUUGCGCUCUGCGUUGACUUACAGCAAGUGAUUUAUACUCCAAAUCUCACACAUACGGACGUCUUUUAUCAGCGGCAGUAUUCGAAUUACAACUUCGCUAUACAUAAUUUGGGGCAAAAUACUAUUGACAUGUACACUUGGCAUGAAACAGUUGCAAAAAGGGGUGCAGCUGAAAUCGCUUCAUGUAUUUUAAGACACAUCACUUCCACCUACGCUAUUUUAAAAGCUGGAGAUGUGAGAAAAUUAAUUAUUUGGUCCGACAGAUGUGUGGGUCAAAAUAAUAAUUGGACCAUGAUCGCCUUAAUUUACCAUCUAAUAAAAAUGAAAUACUUUUCUGAAGCUAAUCAGAAAUUUUUAGUUUCUGGACACAGCUUUUUACCGUGUGAUAGAGAUUUCUCUCUAAUUGAAAGGAAAAAGAAAACAGUGCGGAUUUAUACCACAGAAGAUGUUCACGAAAUGAUUAAAUCAGCUAAGCCUUCUAACCCUUUCAGGGUGCAUCAAAUGCUUCAAAUUGACUUUAAAAACUUUGAUGUUCUCAUAAAAAAUUUAAACAAAAAUACGUGCAAAAUAACCGAAGGUAGAUGGCUACAAAUUACUGCAGAUGACAUGCAAGUUUUACGUCUCAGAAUGAAUCACAGUACUGGCGAACCAUGGCAUUGUCACAGCUUAAGGAAAAAGUCGAAAUGUCAGCAGAAAUAUGCGCGAGAUAUAUUACGUCCAUAUGAAUUACCAGUUCUUCGAAAGAAACCAAUAGCGAUUUCUGCUGAAAAGAAAAAAGACUUGUUAGUAAUGGCGGUCUAUUUGCCCAAUCAAGAUGCUGAGUUUUAUAGGGCCAUUUGUAGUUAA